CACGUAAAAGCCGGGCAGUGAGACCGGAGAGCACAGAGCGACCAGCCAGGGCUGAGCUGUGGACACGGUUGCACCAGGCGCCAGGAUUGCUGCAAACACGAGCAAAACGUCGUCCGAAAUGGCAACCGAGGGGGAUAAACUAUUGGGAGGAAGAUUUGUUGGAAGUACAGAUCCCAUCCUGGAGAUUCUCAGCUCUUCUAUAUCCACUGAGCAGAGACUGACUGAAGUUGAUAUCCAGGCAAGCAUGGCUUAUGCCAAAGCCUUGGAGAAGGCUAGCAUCCUAACUAAAACCGAGCUGGAGAAGAUCCUGAGUGGCCUGGAAAAGAUCUCUGAGGAAUCAUCUAAGGGAGUCCUUGUAAUGACCCAAAGUGAUGAGGAUAUCCAGACUGCCAUUGAACGCAGACUGAAGGAGCUGAUUGGGGAUAUAGCUGGAAAGCUGCAGACUGGAAGAAGCAGGAAUGAACAGGUUGUGACUGACCUGAAGCUGCUCCUGAAGAGUUCCAUCUCUGUCAUCUCCACUCACCUGCUGCAGCUCAUCAAGACCCUGGUGGAGCGCGCUGCCAUAGAAAUUGAUGUUAUCAUGCCUGGCUACACCCACCUGCAGAAAGCUCUGCCCAUCAGAUGGAGCCAGUUCCUGCUCAGCCAUGCUGUUGCACUGACCCGUGAUUCUGAGCGCCUGAGUGAGGUGAAGAAGAGGAUCACUGUCUUGCCUCUGGGAAGUGGAAUUCUGGCUGGCAACCCACUGGAAAUUGACAGAGAGCUUCUGCGUAGCGAACUGGACAUGACUUCCAUCACCCUGAACAGCAUAGAUGCCAUCAGUGAGAGAGACUUUGUGGUGGAAUUAAUCUCUGUUGCCACCCUGCUGAUGAUCCACCUUAGCAAGCUGGCUGAAGAUCUCAUCAUCUUCAGCACCACUGAAUUUGGCUUUGUGACCCUCUCUGAUGCCUAUAGCACUGGCAGCAGCCUGUUGCCUCAGAAGAAAAACCCUGAUAGCCUGGAACUGAUCCGCAGCAAAGCUGGUCGUGUGUUUGGACGGUUGGCUGCUAUUCUCAUGGUUCUCAAAGGAAUUCCAAGCACCUUCAGCAAGGAUCUGCAGGAGGAUAAGGAAGCUGUCCUUGAUGUUGUGGACACUCUGACUGCUGUGCUCCAGGUUGCCACUGGAGUGAUUUCUACCCUCCAGAUCAACAAGGAGAACAUGGAGAAGGCUCUGACCCCUGAGUUGCUGACUACUGAUCUGGCUCUCUACUUGGUUCGUAAAGGAAUGCCGAUCAGACAAGCCCAAACUGCUUCUGGGAAGGCCGUCCACCUUGCUGAGACUAAAGGCAUCACCAUCAAUAAUCUCACCCUGGAGGACCUGAAGAGCAUCAGCCCCCUGUUUGCCAGCGAUGUCUCCCAGGUCUUCAACACUGUCAGCAGUGUGGAGCAGUACACUGUCAUGGGUGGUACUGCCAAGAGCAGCGUGACUGCCCAGAUCGAGCAGCUGAGGGAGCUGCUGAAGAAGCAGAAGGAGCAAGCUUAGAGUGUGGGGACAUAUCCCGUGGCUGCAGCGUUGUGCUUAUCACACUAAUCCAGAGUUAAUAAACACUGUGGUGUAUUGUAGUUCACUGAAAA